AUGAAUCCAUUUGUUAGCAAUGGAAAUACAUUGAAAUGGAUGUUUGAAAAUGUGAAAGAUUUGGAUGAAAAUGGAAAAGAUAGUGAGGAAUUCAAGAUCGGACCAACUAAAUGGUUUGUUAUUUUAUAUGAAUUCAAAAUUUAGAGUGCUACUUUUUUCCAGGAAGAUUAAUGUUCUAACAUAUAUGGAGAAUGAUGUGAAAUAUUUAUCCGUGUACUUAUAUUACGUAGAAAAUGAUGUAAUAGAUAAAAAUUGGAUUUGUCAAACUGAUCGAACAAUAACAUUGGUUAAUCAAAAUGAAAAUGGAAUUGAUGUAUCUAAAAAUACUUCGAUUAGUUAUUCAAACAAUUUUAAUGAUUGGGGAUGGAGUCAAUUUUAUAAAUGGGAUGAUUUGUUGAAAUAUGGAUAUAUGAAGUAUGAUUUGAUUAUUAUUGAAGUUGAUUUGAGCUUCAAAUAUUAUGAUUUCUCAAAGAAUGUUCUGAAUCUCACUGAUACUAUUCUCAAAGUCAAAGAUACGGAAUUUUACACAAAUAAAGGGGUUAGUUUCAAAAACUACUUUUUGAUUUUAUCGAACAUUCUUCAGAUUUUGUGUAUGAAAUCUGAAUACUUUUAUGAUUUAUUCAUCAAGCAAAACUACAAUGAAAAUGUGGUUGAAAUCAAAGAUGUUGAAUUGGAUGAUUUCCGAUUCUUUUUGGCAUCAUUUUAUCCAUUUUUCGAAAGCAUUCAAAAGAAAAAUUAUUCGAAACUUAUCGAAUUGGCGGAUAAAUACAAAGUUUCAACUUUACACAAAAAUUGUGAGAAUUAUUUGUUGAAAGAUGUCAAAAUUUGUGUGGAAAAGAAGUUUGAAUAUGCGGACAAAUAUGACUAUAAUGAUUUAAUGGUAAGGAUUGUUGAAAAUCGCGUACUUAUUUAACCAAAUAUAAUAUAAUUCUAGAAACAAUGCAUCAAAACUUUGGAUACAAUUCAAAAAAUCAAGAAUAUUCGGAAAUCGGAUGAAUUUUAUAAAUUCAAAGAAUCAACCAAGCAUUUGAUUAUGACUAAAGUUUUGGAUUUUGUUUGA